UUCUCUCCCUCCCGCACUCCCCACCCCCCCCCCCCUCACUGCACCACCUCCGCCUCUAUGCUUCCCGCUUCCAUUCCCACUCCAAUUGCCUUCUUUUUCGUUCUUGUUAUUUUGGUUUCACCGAUCUCUAAUACUUCCGUGACCUGGUGCAUUUUGCUGCCUCAACCUGGAUCGCGCUCAAGCCAGGGACUCCGAAGAGGGCAGUGCUUAGACAAGCGGAUAUCUAGCUUCGAGCUGUUGGUUCUGGUCCUGAUCCAACAUUCCCUCCUUCGGCCAACUUCAUUUCAUUUUCUUCUUCGAGGUCCUCGUAGCGGAGGACUUGAACGCAGAUACAUGCUUUGCAUGGGGUGAUACGUUAGGUGCAAGUGGUUGGGUUGCGCGAACUGGAUCCUUCAUAGAGCGGGUUCUCUCUAUCAGGAGUAGUUUUUAAGGUCUGGGAAAGGGGAUCAGGUAUACACAGUUUUUUCUUCUUGGUGCCGCUUUCCUACGAUUCUGAAGUCGGAGGGGCGUGCAUGAAUCUGAAAUCAUUUCGAGUGCUUUGGCAUUGAAGCACUCAAAUGGAAGUUUAGCAGACUGUGGUGGUCCGUUCAGACGGGUGCCGUUGAUUACACCAGAUUUUUAGCUUUAGUGGUAUGCUUCUGAUAGUUCAACCACUUUAGUUUUCAUAAUCCGUAAGAACUGUGCUGGGAUUGAAGAAUCCACACCUUUCCGAAGUAUUGGCUCUUAUCGCCAACUUCGAUGCUACGGACCUGAGUCUCGCUAUUCUUCUACUCAUGACUUUUUGCACCCAGCAUCUUGUGAAUCUGUAGGACACCGAUAGGUGUUCAGAUGGUGUUUAACGUGGUAUCGUAGGUGUAUUUAUCAAUACAAAUGAUUUUCCGCUCCUGGAUCCUUUUAAUUGAGGCGGGAGGUUCCUAUUUUGUACUUCAAAACUCUUCAAUGCAAUGUCUGUCUUCAGAUCUUCUGGGGAAUUGAGGUGACUUUGUUUAUCGUGGAGAUUCCAAUUUUCUUGGGGUUGCAGCCUUCUCUUGAGCAAUGCGAGUCUCCUAACAAACCGUUCGCAAUGUUCCUUUCGAAUUCUUCGUGAUAGAGACGCCUUUGUGCGAAUUUUGGUGCUCAGAGCUUACAAACUGAGAACUUAGUGAAAACCUCCGUUGCAUUCGUAUCCGAGACAUUUUAGUACAGGCGUCCCAGAUAAAUAGGUAGUUCGCAAACUCGACGAUGGCCACUCUAACCCCUGGGGUUUUACUCAAGCUCCUGAAACAUAUCAACUCGGACGUGAAGGUCACUGGAGAACACCGAUCCGCUCUCUUGCAAGUGAUUUCCAUUGUGCCAGCUCUUGCGGGGGGCGAGCUCUGGCCAAACCAAGGAUUCUACAUCAAAGUUUCAGACUCGUCCCACGCCACAUAUGUCUCUCUCGGGGAGGAGCACGACGAUCUAAUUCUCAGCGAUAAGCUGCAGUUGGGGCAGUUCAUUCACGUGGACCGACUCGAGGCUGGAUCUCCGGUUCCACUUCUCCGCGGUGUAAGACCUCUUCCUGGACGGCACCAAUGCGUAGGAAAUCCAGAAGAUCUGGUUGCGACUGUAGUCCCGACAUCAUUCAGUUUGGACACCUCUUUCCAACCCGAUCUCUUUCAACCCGACUUGCGCACAUCGGACACUAUAGACAGGUUCGACCCGUCCUCAGCUGAGAGCAUCGCUGGGAAGAACGCAGAAAGGUCGAAUGGUCUCGUUGGGAGGUCUAAUUCUACUUUAUCCAACAGUUCUCACAAGUUUUAUGACGUUGACGUAACGGUUGAGAAGACGAUUGAGAUAUCGUCUGAUGACUUUGGGGCUCAACUCAGCGAGAGGUUGGCUCGAGGCACGAUGUCAAGGAAUACUUCCUUCAAGCCACAUUCCUCGAUAGAGUCUGUGAGAUCUAACAACCCGCAGGAGGAAGGAAGGCCUCUCUCCAGGUCCAAAAUGCGGCAAGACAAACCUAAAGCAUAUGUAGAUUGCACCUCAGUGCAGAAAGAGGUGACCAAGAAUUCGUCCCCUUCAAGGUCUCAAUCUAUCAUGAGUUCCCUAUUUACUGACAGAAGAUCGCCCGCCUCUUUAUUCACAAGAAGCGUGGUGGCUUGCCCUGAAGAUCGUAUUAUUCCCUACAGAGACACUCCUGUGACAUCUAGUAGAGCUAAGCAAACAUCGCCCAUCACCAAAAGGUCGGUCAGUACUGGCAGAGUUGUUAAUGGCUUGGAUGCUACCAAGAGGCGAGGCUCACUUGGUUGUACUGGUCGAGCUGCUGAGCCUGUGAAUGUGGCUGCCAAGAGUGUCCGCAAGAGCUGGGAGGGCGCAGCAACGAAGAACGGGAAAGACCGCACUCAGCCUAAGCCCUCCAUCAAAGAUGUUAAGGCAACGCUCUGGUCUUCGCUUUCUGGGUCGAGGAACAAGCUCGUGGACUGCAACUCAAAUUCCUCUCUAGAUGGGGGUCCGGGUUCACCGCAUGUAGGACUUGGAAAAAUUAAAGUUAAAGCAGACAGCAACGUCUCUGUUAACGGCCCUGGAUCUCCCACACAUUCCAUUUCAAGUAUAACAACAUGCAACGAUAUUGAAGUGUCAAGUAUCCUGGGACUUUCGAGUGGAAAUUUCUGGGAGUCACUUCCGGGAAACCUGGCGAUGUAUGGAAUGGAGGCUUUGCAAUCGAGGGAGACCGCAGCAUUGGCAGCAGUGGACGCUCUGCAAGAAGCUUCGGCAGCAGAGAGCGUUCUUCGAAGUCUCAGCAUGUUCGCUGAAUUAUGCUCUGUUGCGCGGACUGACCAUCCGCAACCAUCGGUAGAGCAAUUUCUGAGCCUUUCCCAGUCCCUGAAGAAUGCUGUGGCGGUAUCAGAUGCUCUAUCUACAGCUCGGAAUUCGGCAGAAAUGCCCACCCCAACGGAGGAUGCCAACGACGUCUCGUAUGAUAAGGCACAAGUAGUGAUGGAUAAGUCACGAAGUGCCACAAGCUGGGUCAAUGCAGCUCUUACCUCCGAUUUAGCCUCGUUUUCAGUACAGAGCAAGCAAGCAGGUUCAGGUACACAUCGGAACUUUCCCAAAAGAGCCAGUAGUCAGCAGUUGCAGGUCAUGCUUGACAAUGGCCCAAGUACGGUGCCCAGGGGUAGGAGUUCCUCGCCUUCAAUGAGCAGCAGGGCUACAUCAUCUCCUAAGACCCGGGCUGCCCUGGCAACUGUGACGAACGAAAAGAAGUCUGCUGCGGAAUCAAGAUCACAUUCUCCUGUCCCUGUGUUGACUUCCAGACGUUGCAAUGCAAUUAGUAGAAUUGGGCUAGGAAAGAUCACCAAAACAUCGAGCAAGGUGGUCCCGGAAGCGCAACCACCUGAUCAGCUUAAGAUACCACCGCCUGCACCAACGCCUGCGACGCCACCAGCUGCGUGGGUGAGGGGUAAGGGGGUGGCCGAAACCUCGGAGCUGGCGAAGAAGGUGCAGAAUGAAUCCCAACGGUGGUUCCUCAACUUCAUGGAGGGUGCUCUUGACGUGGGCUUCCACAUAGCCACUUCAGGUAUUGGUGAAAGAGAAGAUAUCUAUGGUGCCAAGGUCAUGAGCCAGCAGGAGAAUAGCCACAUUGCUACCAUGUUGUCGCAAUUGAAGCGCGUCAAUGACUGGUUGGAUCAGGUGGGCGAUGGAUUAGACACCAAGUUGAUUGAAACCAAAGCACGGCUGAAACGGAAGAUCUAUGAUUUCCUCCUCCAGCACGUUGAGUCCGCUGCUGCAGCUCUAGGCAACGUCUCAUCUGUCACCGUUUAUUCUAAGCCUCAGCUCGUGAAUUGAUAAUCAGCUCUAAAUCUGGUAGUUUGUCCAAGUUUCUGGUAAAAGCACGAGUGCUUAUAUGUUCGUCUUUGCCGGGAAUGGGUUAAUAUCAACUGAAUAUUGUUGAGGAUACAUUCUUCACUUAGGAAGUGGAUACAACAUGAUUCUUCACAGGUCUUGUCAAAUAGUGGGUACAAAAAAUAGCAGUAUGCGUAGACUAGAUGCUUAACAGGUCACUAUUCUGGAAGCCUUGCGACUACGGGAAUCCGCGAGUAAUGUAGAUGAGGGUAAAGGCUGCCAUGCUGACCUCAGUGACACCUACAUUCACCUUGACUACGAACUCGAUAUAGUGUAGUAGAAAACAUCUAAGUAAACCUGCUUUUGCGUUGCCGUCAGCAACACCAGGCUCACCAGGCCCGUGUACAUUACAUUUUGGUCAGUUAAUUCUAUCUACUUUUGAAAGGUUUUCUUUGAAAAUCUGAUUAUCUGAA